GCCAUUCAACUUUAAGCAAUCACAUUUGCCUUGGAAAACCUUCUGUUGUCAAAUCAAAUUUGCUAUCAUGAAUUUAUUAUGGAAGAUCCUGACAACAAUAGAGAGUUAACCGAUGGAAUCCAAGCCCCGGCAUGGAUGUUCUGGAAGCGGCGGCGUUUCCAGUUGGUCUUCAUGGUAGCACUUGGAUUCUUCAACACCUGCACUCUUCGAGUAAAUUUGAGCGUAGCCAUCGUUGCCAUGACCAACAUUGAAAGAAUGCGAUCCGGGCAAAACAUUCCGCGGAUUGAAGCUUUCGAUUGGGAUGCUAAAACUCAGGGCCAUAUAUUGAGUGCCUUCUUCUACGGGUAUGCUUUGACGCAGAUUUUGGGUGGUCGUCUAGCUGAUAAAUUUGGCGGAACAAUUAUUUUUGGCAUCGGAACAGGAGGAUCAGGAAUUCUUACGUUAUUCAUUCCGUUUGCGGCACAAACGGGAGUCGGUUGGUUGAUUGCAGUACGAGUAGUUCAAGGUAUGCUUCAAGGUUUGGGGUUUCCAAGUACUGGUCACAUUUGGGCCAAUUGGGUACCUCCUAGUGAACGUACAAGGGUCGUAACGUUUGCCUUCACAGGGUCUUUGAUUGGGACCAUAUUUGUUUUCCCGGCAAGUGGAUUCAUUGCUGAGCAUUUUGGCUGGCAGUUUAUUUUUUAUUUCUUCGGCUCAUUGGCAAGCGUCUGGAUUAUGGCUUGGACACUUUUCAUAAGAAAAUCACCUGAUAAAGAUAAAAGAAUCAGCGAAACGGAAAAAAUCUAUAUCAUGACCUCUUUAGGAACAAAAGAAAACGAUAAGUCACCGGAUAAACAACCAUGGGUCAGCAUUUUGACUUCUAAACCAUUCCUUGCAAUCUGUUUAGCCGGUUUCGUUGAAGAUUGGGGAUACUACACGAUACUGGCUGGACUGCCAACAUUUCUGAAAACUGUUCUGGACUACGAUAUUCAACAGGCUGGAAAUUAUUCGGCUUAUCCGUUUGUAGCAAUGGCGAUUGCGUUGCCUAUUUCUGGAUAUGUGGGUGACUUCCUGACCAACAAAGGAUAUCUAUCGGUGACCAACGUCCGGAAACUUGUCACUUGCGGAGCAUUCAUUGUUCAAAUGAUUGCUAUGCUAGUAGGGGCAAGCAUUCAAAACCCUGCCGGAAUCAUUUGCUGUAUUACACUUUCGGUGGCGAUGGGCGCAUUCGCUUGGAGCGGAUACUUGGUGAACCCCUUGGAUUUAUCACUGAAAAGUGCCGGUGUGAUGAUGGGGAUUGCCAAUUGUGUGGCGGCCAUUGCUGGAAUUAUAAGUCCUGUAGCAGUUGGCUAUCUGACUCCCAAUCAAAGUGCCGAAGAAUGGCGCAUAGUGUUUUACAAUACUGUAGGGCUGUAUGCUCUGGGAACGUUUGUGUACUUUUUCUGGGCAUCUGCAGAGAGGCAACCUUGGGCUUUAGAUUCCGUAGUGUAUUGAAUUUGGAAUAAUAGUCUUAAGACUGUUAAAUUGAAAUUUUCGGUAAUAAAGGUUAAUUUAGAUGAAUUUA